GACUUUUCCAGGGGUUCGCCGGAGGGGCAGGAGGAGUCGGUGGCUGUUGCUUCAGCGCGGCUGCGAAGCCUGUGCACCGGAGUCGCGGAACGACUCCAAAGUGGAGGUGCCGCGCGCGGCAAGCCCGGCCAGGAGCGGCAGGAGGGCCCGUAGGCAAUGGCGGCCCGAAGUAGAAACAGCUGCGUCUGCUCCCCCUAGCCGAGGAGCGGGCUUGCCACUGGGCUGCGGGGGCAUUCGGGUCGGCGCUCGGUUGGGUGCGCCUCUCCGCUCGCAGUCGCGCUGAGCGUCCAGCGGCCGUCCCGGCGCCCUGGCCGGCCGCCUCGUUGCCAAGGUGAGCGGCGGGGCUUGGGCGGUCAUGGAGACCCCGACGGAGAACCCCAGCAAGGCGGCGGAGUACCUCAAGGAGCUCAACAAGAUUAUCGAGACCCAGCAGGAGCUGCUGGAGAAGCAGAAGCUCCGGAUCGACGAGCUCGAGCAGCAAGUGGCCCGGCUGUACCACGAGAACGCUCGCCUGCAGGACGAGCACCAGCGGCACCUGGCCACAUGCAGGCUGCUCCUGCUGCAGCAGGCAGCCUUGCCCGCCCCGCCGCCGCCGCCGGGAGACGGCCAGGAGAACGCCAGGGAUGCAAAGUCUGAAGGUGAAAGUUCAAGAAGCAUCAGGUCUAUUAAUACUCUGCACCAGUUUUGCUGUCCAGCUCCAUUGUACCAUACCCAGCUAACUGUCCCUGCCACACACUCAGAGUACAGGGAAGAUAAUGUUCUACACCAGUUCUGUUGUCCACCUUCUGGGUCUAGUAGUCCAUCUUCAAGAUAACAGAGAAGGUCUGAGUCGCUAUUCUGUGCAGUCAGAGUACCACAUCUUGCUCUUCUUUCUCUGGCUGGUGUGUAUGAAGCUGACAGUAACUUGCAUGGAUACACUAAUGGUUCUGAGUUCAAUAUACUCAGAAGGGUUUAUGGCUGCCUGGUUACUUCCAUUCUGCUUUUUCUUCUAUAUGUUUUCACAAAAACUUGUCCCCUUCCCUCCAUUUUUUUCUUAUGUGAUUUGGAAUUAUGCAUAUGGGAUG